AAUACCCCAGCAGUUCAAGAUCGUAGAUAUGGGUCAAUACUUUAUAUGCCAUCAUUUAUUUCUGUACGCAAUCUUAAAGAACAGAUUAUUACUCGAAUUAAAAAUAAAUUAUCUAAUAUAACAGAUUUUGAUAAUAUUGCAAUACCUUCUGAAAGAUGGAUUAGUUAUCAAUUUCUUUCUAAAAAUCCUUGGGCUAAAGCUAGUACAGAAUAUGUAGGUCAAUUUGAAAUUAAAUAUAAAGUUCAAGCACGUCUUUUACGAAAAUCACAUCCUGAUAGUCAUUAUUGCAGAGCAAUUUUUAAAUAUCUUCGUCAUUUUUCAGUAAAAUUUAAAAAUAAUCUUGGAUUAAUUUUUGCUGAUGACAAACAUAAAAUUCCUAUAGGAGAAGAUACUCCAACUUCAACUG